AUGGAUAAACAAAUUUUCCUUGGCAUUGCCAUUGUCAUGGCCAUUUGCCUAAAUGGAGCUACGGCUGAAUACGAUGUCGCCCGCUAUUGUCAACUUGUCACAACCGGCACAAAAUUGCCCAGCUUGAAUGAUUGUCAAACCUAUUAUACAUGCCAGGCCGAUGGCAGCUAUCAAACGUCUACUUGCCUCAACUCCCAAUCUUUUGAUAAGAAUUCGCAAUCCUGCAAGCCCUCAUCGACUGUGACGACCUGUAUUGAUGCCCUCAGCCCAUGCGCCAAUGUUGCUGGCGAAGGUUGGGUCCAAGAUCCCGAGAAUUGUGUCAAGUGGAUCUACUGCAAAAAUCAAAAGCAAUCCGGCAGUGGUACCUGCCCUACCAAGCAGUACUUCAGCAACGAAGCUGGCGGCUGUAUUUAUGGCACGUGUACCAAUGCCAAUGAUGAGGAUGGUGGUUUCACCGAAAUUUCCAACCUAUGUGAAUUGAUGGCCAACGAUGUGUUCUUUGGAGAUUUUGAAAGUUGUGAUGCCUGGCACAAGUGUACAUCGGGUACCAUGAAGAGCGGUACAUGUAACACAGGUUUGGUCUACAAUACGGCCAGAGGUAUGUGCUUGAAAAACGAUGGAACAAUGUGUAAACGUAUUAGUUCCGAUAAUCCCGUUACACCCUCUGAACCCUGUACCGAGGCUCAAGAAGGCGACUUCCAGGGUGACAAAAAUAUCUGUUCCGUUUACUAUCAAUGUGAGGCACAAGUAUGGCAAAAAUUGACCUGCAAGAGCGGCCAAUAUUACGAUACAAUUCAGAAAACAUGUGUGGCCCGCCAAGCAGCCGUCGCCACAGAAGGCUGUAAUCGUUGUCAAUUUGCCACCGUAACAUGGGUGAAUCAAGUCGAUCCAACCUGUCAAGGUUAUUACACUUGCAAUUCGAAUGGAACUAUCAGUGCUGAGGGCAAAUGCCAAAAGGAUUAUUACUUUAAUGAAAAGGUUCAGGCCUGCUAUAGCGAUAGUGAUUUAAGCAGCUAUCGUGACAAGAAUGGAGCCUGUUAUCAAAGUGAAGAGAAUGGUGAACCCACACCCGGCCCCGAAGGUGGUGAGCCCGGUGAACCUGCACCUGCCCCCGAAGGUGGUGAACCCGGCGAACCUGCACCCGCCCCCGAAGGUGGUGAACCUGAAGCUGGUGAGCCUGAAACUGGUGAACCUGAAACUGGUGAACCUGAAGCUGGUGAACCUGAAACUGGUGAACCUGAAGCUGGUGAGCCUGAAACUGGUGAACCUGAAGCUGGUGAACCCGAAGCUGGUGAGCCUGAAGCUGGUGAACCUGAAGCUGGUGAGCCUGAAACUGGUGAACCUGAAGCUAGUGAACCCGAAGCUAGUGAGCCUGAUGCUGGUGACACAACUGCUUAA